AUGCUGCUGAAGCUCUCUACCGUGGCCGCCGUCGUCCUCAUGGCCGUGACCUCAAGCACCCAAGCCUUCCCCACUACCUCGCCCUCCUUCCUGCACUCGUCUGACCGCUUCCUCGCCCCCAUCGUCUCCUCGAUCGAGGCAAACACCAUCCCCGACUCGUACUUUGUCGUCUUCAAGGAUGGCGUCCGCGUCCACGAGCACUCGGCCUGGGUCCGAGAACUCCAUCACCAGGACGUGGCCGCCAACGGUGCUAUGUGGGACGGUGACGAGUUUGAAGGGGAUGAUGACUUUAUGAGCGGUGUGCGUCAUGUCUAUGAUAUGGGAUCCUUCCAGGGUCUUGCGGGCCGGUUCCGUCCCGAGGUUUUGAACGAGAUCCGUAGGAACCCCAAUGUCGCAUACAUUGAGCGGGACCAGAUGGUUUACACAACAAAGAUCGCAACCCAGAAGAACGCCCCCUGGGGACUUGCCCGCAUCUCUCACCGCAAGAACGCCUUCAAGAACCGCGGCAAGUACGUCCACGACACCAACGGCGGCAAGGGUGUCACCGUCUUUGUCAUCGACACCGGCAUUUCGGUCAACCAUAGCGAGUUUGAGGGCCGUGCCUCCUGGGGUGCGACCAUCCCCUAUGGCGACAGUGAUACUGAUGGAAAUGGACAUGGUACCCAUUGUGCGGGUACCAUCGGUAGUGCCGCUUAUGGUGUCUCGAAGAAGGCUGAGGUGGUCGCCGUCAAGGUCUUGAGGUCGAAUGGAUCUGGCACCAUGUCGGAUGUUGUUGCCGGUGUGGAUUUCGCGAUCCAGGAACAUUUGUCCCUCCGCGCCAAGAAGGGUGGUGCCUACAAGGGCUCCGUAGCCAACAUGUCCCUCGGAGGCGGCAAAUCCCGUCCCCUCGAUGCCGCCGUCUCCAACGCCGUCGACCAAGGACUCCACUUCGCCGUCGCCGCCGGAAACGAUAACCGCGACGCCUGCAACUACUCCCCAGCCGGUGUCGAAGCCGCCGUUACCGUCGGCGCCUCCUCCAAUGACGACUCCCGAGCCUACUUCUCCAACCACGGUCCCUGUGUCGAUAUCUUUGGACCUGGAAAGGAUAUCGAAUCGACUUGGAUUGGAUCCAACACGGCAAGGAGGACCAUUUCUGGAACCUCGAUGGCCUCCCCCCACGUUGCGGGUCUGAUUGCCUAUUAUUUGUCGUUAGCGCCCGAGAGUGAUUCGGGAUUCCAUUCGGGAACUUAUACGCCCAAGGAGAUGAAGGCAUUGUUGAAGGAGACUGCCACCAGGGAUGCGCUGACGGAUGUUAACUACCGAACCCCUAAUCUGUUGAUCUAUAACAACGUCGACAAGCAGAACUACUUUGCCUGGUAA